AUGCACAAAAAUAUAAGUGACGUGCAUCAAUUAAUCUUGGAAUCUCCCGUAGAUGCUUAUGCCGGACGGUCUAACUCUGUUGGAGUGAUAGAAAUCCAUGCGUCGAUAUUAAAACAAGAACUCAGUAUACCACAGAUCAAUAAACUAUAUAUUCACUUGUGUAAUAAGACCAUUGCAAAAACGAAUCAUUUGACUUCCUUAAAAAGUUAUCCUCUGGUCCUGUUUAUGAUAAUCUUCUAUUUCAUUGUUCACGCACAAAGUUCUGAAGAUGUUGCCGACGAGCCUGCCGCUAUUGAGAAACUUCCUCGAGCGAUCGUACCGAGUAAAACUGUGGCUACAUUUUUAAAAUUAAACUUUCUCCAGAAUUUGAUCGUUGAUUCUAAUGGUGAUGGUAUCGCCAAUAGUGCUUCAGACGGUCGCAUCUGGCGCGUUUCUCGUAACGGCUCUACUGAAGUCUUAGGACAGUUUCCAGAAAAUGGCAUCAUCGUUAUUGGAAUAAAACUCGAUAGUGCGAUCGCUGCGUGA